GAAAGGUGUUACCAAGAUGGAUGGGUGGUUUCAACAUAUAGUCUUCUGCUUGCCGGAAUGUUUUAGACUGAGUGGCGGAUUGCUUACCAUGCGCUGUUCAGGUUGGCCAUCUAUGUGCUUCUGUUUCGCUCCCAGUACAAACGUGACUGAGGCCCUUGAGCGUUUGUGCAAACGCACACUUACCCACCCGGAUCAGUUUGAUGUGUUCACGACUGAAAGCUUCUCUACCGACCUUGGCAGACCUCAACGCAUUUAACUACGGUAAGAUGUCUGCAGGCACAGUGGAACUUAUGCCAGAACGAUACCAUUUCUCCCGCAACUACCGCAUCGCUCCUGUGUGGAUUGUCCCGCGCUACGGGCUGACUGACCGCACGGGCGGCGAAGAUGCAAUACCAGCUGGAAACCACAGCUAUGACAACGAGGACCCGUCGAUGCAUGCCAUCUUUGUCGCACACGGGCCUUUCUCGCAGGGCAUGAAGGCUGCUGUAGUCGCACGAGGAGAGGGCGAUGGUACAGGAGCAUACGUGAUGCCAGGGUUCCAGAAUGUCGAGAUUUACAACCUCGUGAUGCGAUUGUUGGGCCUCGACGCUACAGAUACAGCUAUAACCAACGGAACCACUGGAUUCUGUGAUGAGUUUGUCUUGCCAGAUACUUGAACCUCACACAUACUUGAAGUCGACCUGCUUUACAGUCAUUGAUCGUCAUUUGAGUUUGGAAUUUUUGUCUGCCA